GAAAAAAGAAGAAGGGGUAGAUAUUAGGAGCGAUAGCUUCAAGAAGCUUUAUCGCCGGCUAACUCGCAUGUACACUACUGGGAGGCAGCCUAUCUCCUGAGGCAAGUUCACCGUUCCCUCUCGUGAAAAGGGUGAAAUUAUAGUAGCUCUUCUCGAGGGACGGAGACCUUCGGGCGAAGCGAGAGCGAUACGAUGUCAUAGCAGGCAGGCCGAGACCCUGACACGUCACGACCACGGUAUGUGAUGCGAUCGUGACCGAACUUUACGAGUCCGUCAGUGAACUGGGGCGUCCGAGGAGCAAGCAGCUGAACGACUUGUUCGCGGCGCACUUUGGCGGUUCUGUUCGGUCGACAGCGCGAAGGCGGCGCCGUCGGCGAAGAAGAUGAAGCCGCCCGAAGACGGCGCGGCGACGGGGACGUCCAAGCUGGAGAUGCUGCUGUGCGCCUUGUGCGCGUUGUACGUCUUCUACUACGUCCUGGCGGUGGAGCGCAGGCCGCGCCUCGUCGGCCGCCUGGGCAGCAUGCGGCGCUUCAUGCAUAGCAGGUUCGGCAACUUCCUCAGCGCCUUCUAUCGCACGCCCAUCUGGUGCGUCGGUGCCAACUUCCAGUCGCUCGUGAGCUUCGUGUACCAGAGCUGGCUGCCGGAGCUGUCCUACCGGCGCGAGUACCUGGUCCUGUCGGACGGCGGGCGGCUGGCGCUGGACUGGCUCCACGAGGAGGCCGAGGCGGUCCCCGUGCUGCUCGUGCUGCCGGGCCUGUGCGGCGACAGCCAGGCCUACUACCUGCGCUCGUUCAUCCCGCUGGUGGAAAAACUGCGCUGCCCGUGCGUCGUCAUGAACGGCCGCGGCCGCGGAGGCCUGCCGCUCAUCACGCACCGCAUCACCCACAUGGCCAGCGUGGGAGACCUCACGGAGGUCGUCGACGAGGUUCGCCGACGGUAUCCCGGCCGAGCCCUCCUGGCGGUGGGCCACUCGCUGGGCGGCCUGCUCAUCAGCCUGUACCUGAUCAAGUACGGGCAGGAGGCGCGCAUCGACGCCGCGCUGGCCAUCUCGACGCCGUUCCACCUGGCCACCGCCAAGCGGAAUCUCGAACAGUGGUGGAACUCGAAUUACGGCGUGCUCAUGUACAUGGCCAGCAACCUGGUCGAACACCUCAAGAUUAACGAAGACGUGCUACGCUUCAGCGAGGAGGUCAACGCGGACGACGUUCUCUCCUGUUGGACGCUGUCUCAGUUCGACAGGACCUACACGGCUCCGGUAUUCGGCUUCAAAUCGACGGAGGAGCUCUACGAAAGUUGCAGCCUAAAGGGCAAGCUGUCUCGCGUCCGGCGGCCGCUGGUGUUCCUGCUGGCCGGCGACGACGUGUUCGGCUCGUGGCACACCUUUCCCGAGGACGAGAUCAUCGCCUCGCCGUGGCUGGCCGCCGUGGUGACACCGAGCGGCGGCCAUCUUGGAUUCGUCGAAGGCUGGCUCUUCCCGCGGCCGCCCUUUUACGCGGAGCGCUUCGCGGCCGCUUACGUGCGAGAGAUGCUGCGAGUCGUCGAGACUCGCGGCGUCGACGGGCUCGCCCAGCUAGGCAGUGAUAUGUAACCGCUCGACCCUGCGUCGUUCGAUUAUGCAGCGCAACUAAAUCUCCAUAUUGCAGUUCGUCCUACGGAUUUCUGAGCAUGGUUUCUCAUCCUGUCUCUCUCGUUCUAACCUCCACCUUAGUUUCAGUUUCCAAUUUGCAUUGUUAUGCGGUGAAUGAGGAAUAAGUAUAACGCCCACCUACUGGCAUUAAAAUGUUACCGGGAAUCGACCGUAACACGAAUAAUCUAAAGGAUGCUGCUCGCUCAUGAAUCUAUCUUGGUAGAGAUUACUUCUCGUAACCCUCCCACAUAUGUCCUUUCACGCUCACUCAUCGAACCUGUUCGUCGGCGCAUGUCUCUAACUCAUAUAUAUAUAUAUAUAUAUAUAUAUAUAUAUAUAUAUAUAUAUAAUGCAAUUUUCAAGGAUCUAUGAAAAUGAGUACUUCCGCCCGAGAUUAUUGCGUCUUCUACAUGGGACAGCUUUUCAUGGGGCUGGUGUGUUCGUCUCCAUACCACGUCUGUGAUGUCGUGCGCGCACGUGCGUGUGCAGGCGUACGUGUGUGUGCCUCUGUGUUAUGCGCUCACCCCGCUUGCGUGAAAUAAAAUUUGCCAUGCGCGUUUAAACCGUAUAGGCCUUCGCUCUGGAUCAAGGCACAACAGAACUGCGCCGCACAUCCAGUGGUGCAGCGUGGGUGGCAGCCAGUCCGAAUGCCGCGCGUUGGUUGGUUGGGCACGCACGAUGGCGACGCUGACGGAAAUUCGCGUCAUACGAAUUCUGUGUUGCAGCGUGGGCUGUAAUCUGUUUCUGAGCUUAGUGGGUUGUAAUCUGUUUCUGAACUUAGUCGAAAAACAAACAUCGGGAGACGUGCUGUCGUCAAGGCGCUUGGCUAAAGUGCCAGCUAAUUCUGCAGCUUGGUAAGCAAGCAGACUUAACCUGAAAUAUGCUGUACGUAUGUCGCAAUUUAUCUACAUGUGCCUGUGUUUAACUUGUGCGUUCUAUGCGGCCUCAUGAGUAUCGGUUGUACAUGAAGUCGUACCUCGUUAUAACGAAAAAGUACACGAACCAGGGUUCUCGCGGUAAAGCUGAAUACCCUCACCGCCUAUGUAACUCGAAAUCGCGUGUGGACUGCAUGCAGUUCAAACUUGGCAUCGUGAGCUUUCCAGUGCAGCCGUCAGUUUCACUUAGUGCAUCUCCAUUACGAAGAAAAUUAGAAGACUAUUCGGCGAGGCUCUGGCCUGUGUGCUUUUACUUACGGGCACGUAUAAUACAUGCAGUCCACGCUGCGCCGUUAAAUCGCGCCCGCAAUAACCUGCUGAAUACGCUGAGCAAAGAGAUCGUAUAUUUAACAAUCCGUUUAACUUUCCAUUCUGUUCGCCCUUCGUUUUUGGCUCUGACAAAACCGCGUCGCUGUUAUCGUCGGGAUUAGGCGCGGGACGAAUGAUAGGAAUAGGAAAUCAAAUGUACAACUUCCUCUGCUUUCUGUCCAUCGUGGUGCAUGCUUUCACCCCUUGCUCAGUUUCUCAAAAUGCACUUGCACAAUUCCUUUCUGCGCGCAGACCUCAUUCCACCUCCAACCUACGUCUCACCAUGCAGUGAUCACCGUCACAAAGUUGGAAUUUUGCGGUGUUGCACUAGGGAGCCUGUAUGUCCCCCUGUACUGAGUCAUUUCCAGUAGACGAGAACCACCUGCCUGCCGCGAUUAUUGCUACUGAAGACGGUGCACUAUUUCGCACGGCUGUUGCUGACAUCGCCACAGGCUUCGCAUGCUUAACACCACCUUUUGCCGCGGGCUUUAAAGAAAAAGCUUUCAUUGCCUCUUCUCGGAGGUAUGGCGUUCGUUGUCGUUUCCUCGCCGCGUAUAUUUGUGGAUAUGCGUAUACAUAUGUACGUAUAUGAAUGUGCGUGCCGUGUGCAAAUUUCGGAGACUAAUACCCUAGUUACACGGGCAGCUUAACCGCGGUUAAACUUAACCGUGGUUAACUCGCUCAACCGUGGUUAACGCGAACCCUAGUCCGCCAGAAUUACACGGGCUAUCCCGAUCACGGUUAAUGGUCUGAUGACGCGUCACGUCAUCUCUUGCGUAAAGGCUUCAUUCUGAAUAAUUUUUCUUGGACAUUUGAUUACAGUGGUAUAAAGAUGUUAUUUUUCAGCAAAACAAUUGUCAUAUUUGAGAGUUUUAACGUGUAAGACUGCGUUUUGCAGGUGUAGGUCAUUUAUUUUCGAUACUCCUACUCUCAGUUGUGAGCAUGCCUGGUGGGCAUACAACUAUUUAAAAAGUCAGAAUUAAGGGUCACAAAUGGGUAAAUAUUAAAUAAAAUUAAUUCCACUGAACGAAAAGGUAAAAAAAUAUUCUUAAUGAACAAAUGAAUGUUUCGACUAACAAACAUUGGCUACAUAAUUAAAAGGAGUACAACUUUACGCGAAUGCACUUUGGAACUAUACGCUUGCAUUUACAAAAGAAAGAAAAGAAUUAAAAAGGAAGAAAAGGCAGUGCUUUCAGGUGUUAAUGUAUGUACUUUGCGAUUUCACACUGCACAAAUUAUCACAAAAAAAGUACAUGUUAAAAAUACUGAAGUUAUAAGUUUAAAAGCAGCGCCAUCAAACUGGACGAGAAAGUGAGACGCACACAAACACACAGCGUUUGUCUGGGUCUCACUUGUCCAGUUUGAUUGCGCUAUUCUUAAAUUUCGAAAUUUGUGCGUAGCCGUCAUCACUGUGUAGAGGCGCGCGUUUCGACUAAUUGAGUGCAGAGCGGCCAGAUUAUCUGCCCAAAUGUGUCGUAUCAGUGCCUCAGUUGUCGCGUCAGGCCAUAUGAUACGCUUUUUGGAAGGUAUCUGGGAAGCGCCAGCGCUGCACUCGGGAGAAGUACUGUGCGCAAUUUUGCCCGUUUCCGAAACGUCGGUUACACUAAACUGAGGUUACCAAGCUCGGUUGGCGGUCAACCGCGGUUAGCAGCCUAACCACAGUUUCGCCUGCCGUGUAACCGCGCUAACCGCGUUUAGCGAUAACCGCGGUUACGUUAACCGCGCUUAAGGUCACCCGUGUAACAAGGGUAUAAGUGUUCAGUCCCUGGUUGGAAAGAGAGCAACGGUAGGACGAACGACAACAGUUACUCCCCAUGCACUUCGCUCCAUGCAGUUACUCCCCACAUCGCUCCAUGCACUUCGUGUCAUGGAGCGAUGCGGCGAAAACGGUAUUGUUUAUAAAUCGUGAAUAGAUCGAAUUUCGUGCACUGUCUAUUGAACUACAUGCAAAGCUGCACUUUGCCUCCUCGUGAGAAAAUUGCGUGAAACUUAAAAGCUGGAAUGUGAAGAGCCAUGCCCUUCGUGCGCACACCAUAAGUGAACGAUGCACAUUAAACGCACAAGUCAUUAAUAGACGGCUAGAUUGUCUUGGUCAAUAGUACCUAAGUUCCUUCUGUUCCAAGGAGGCCGCGAACUUAACUGAAGCGAUGUGUAGCUCAAACGGGACACGUAUAAGCGACAGAGAAAGUGACCCUCUCUGUCGUCUUGGGUGUCCCGUUUGAGCUCGCUAUAUACACGUAUACAUCGCGUGGUGACUCAGUUUAAAUCACCCUGUAGAAUACUCUGGCUGAUUUAUUUUCGCAGUCGCCUAUGGUUUCAAGAACACUCAACGUUAGACUCUCACCGCAUAGCAUGCACAAAAUGCCGAGUCGCUUUUAUAUUGCCGCACUUGCGUUCCGAUGCUUAACCUUGUGUCAAUAUCCGGUCCUGUCAAUAAGCGAGCACCGUGGUGAAUGUUGACCACGGUACAAAGCAACCCCUCGAAUUCAACCAAGUUUUAACAUGGAGUGUUUCUGAACGUAAUUUAAAGAAAAAUGUAUUUUUACUCCAGGAGGUACACACAUUUUUCGGACGCGCUUAAGUACAUCCUGAUAAGGUCGGCUUAAGUUAGGUUCACGAUACAAAGGAUCUGGGAAAAUAGAGUCCACUAGUGCCGCAGAAAUUGCUUUUCGACUGGCAGUGAACAUGUACUCCAGGCUGAAUCUAACUUUUAAGAAAAGAAAUGUGUCAACAACCUCCUUGAGAAAUCCCCAAUGAGUAUGUGGGACAUCUUUGGCAUUUGAUGACACUAGUAUAUUAGGAACAUAAUGAACUAAACGGAGUUGAGACAUUUUACGCCAGAACGGAUGAUCACUUUCCCGAAAGAAAAACAGGCGAGAAACAAUUUGCCUGACAAAGAGGUGGACUAAUCCUAGACCACCACGUUCGACUCUGUCGACUCCGUCGACGUGCCGAAACCAUAGAUCACUAUUUCAUAGACUGUAGGGAUGCUGUAUCUUUUGGGGACAUUCUCCAAUGGACGCUUAAAAAGUACAUUGACAUCACUCCAUAUUCAAUUACGUUUCUUCCGUUUAAGGUUACGGGUGAUCCUCCCUAUGACAUGUUCAUAGUAUUUGGCUUAUACAGCCUAUAAAGAUGUAGACCGUGUGAUCGCCAAGCCGAAAGCCCGGGAUCUGCAAAAUCCUUCUUUCGCGAAAGUGCUGCUUAUGUAAGAAACGUGUACGCUGCGCAGGAACCUCCGCCAGACUGGAUGCACUUGUUGGAUGCAUGUGUGUGUUUGCCUGAGUUUUAAGUGUGUAGUUGUGUCCACUUUGUAAUGUACCUUCAGUUUUGUUUUCCAUAUAAUAAUAAAUAAAUACGGCCACCGUGGUGGAGUGGUUAGAAUACCUGACUUGAGAGCGAGAGGAAUUGAGUUCGAAUCCUACUUUCGGACACUUCAUUUUUUCGGCUCAGUAAUUUUUUUAUUUGGGUAUAAAUGCCUAAUUUCAUUAAUUCCACCUUUGCGGAGCAUCGGAAAGAAUUACCGUUACUCCCUUGAGGAUCGUCGGAAAAAGGCCACUGUUAGACCUCGAAGGAGUAAGCGCAUGGGGAGUAACAGUUCAACCCAUGUCAGUUAGUCCCCAAAAGGACUAAUGGUUGUGGCAAAUCAGUUAGUCCCCAAAAGGACUAACCUCCCUGGUCCCUUUUUUUUUUUUCUUAUAGAGUGUAUCGGCAACUUGGGCCACUGGGCAUGCAUGUGCCCGGACAGACAACUUGCUGCUGGCCCAGUGCACAACUUAGAUCACCGGAUGCGUGGCACUGGGCACGCGCCCAUUCUUAACCAAUCGCCCGAAUGGAAGUGAUAAGCUUUUAUCACCGCGCGCAUGGCCGAUCCUCCAGAGUGGGUUGCGCCAUUUCACUUGGGAACAAGGAUGUGCAAAUGUUACACAAGCGAUAUGGAGCCUUAAAUCUAUUGUGAUAUGUGUCGUACUUGCAUGUGCAUGCACCUAGAUCUCGUCAACGUUCUUCCUUCGCCAAGCACGUGUUCAUGUUCGUCCUCGUGACGCAGACGCAGGCGACGAGGCACUCGUGUCAUUCGUCACUGCUGCUACCUCGCCAAACAAGAAACAAGCUUCGCGCGUCAUUUAGAUUCCAACAUUGCGUUGGACUUUCUCAUGUUUUUACCCACUUUCGUCUGUAAUAUCAUUGGUCUUCGGGGCAGAAUAUGAUAAAUAAAUAAAU